AUGGCCCCAAGUUUUGAUGAUGAAAACUCUUUGUUUGAUUUUGUUGUGAAACACGGCAAUGGUGUCAAAGGUCUGGUGGAUUCAGGAAUAGCAAAGGUACCCGAGAGAUAUGUCCAACCACCACAAGAACGAAUCAACAAACUCGAUGCAUUCUCACAAGUUCUUACCCCCAUUGAUUUAUCGAAGCUUGACCAACCAGCCGAGCAUGAUCAAGUGGCAGAGGCCAUAGUUAGAGUGGCCGAGACACUCGGGUUCUUCCAGGUGGUGAACCACAGCGUGCCAAUCGAGUUGCUGGAGGGACUUAAGGAUGCAGCCCACAAAUUCUUUGCUCAACCACCAGAAAAGAAGGCUGUUUAUCUCAAGGCAGUCAGCCCUAGCCCACUUAUCAAGUAUGGAACCAGCUUUGUGCCAGAAAAGGAAAAAGCUUUAGAAUGGAAAGAUUAUAUCAGUAUGACCUACACCAAUGAUGCUGAGGCACUAGAGCAUUGGCCUAACCAGUGCAAAGAAGUCGCACUCGAGUACCUGAAGGCAUCAACCAAGAUUGUGUGGAAAUUGCUAGAAGUUUUAUUGAAAAAUCUUGGAGUGACACAAGAUCACGACUCAAUAAUAGAAGCACUUACUGGGCAAAAUAUGGUGAACAUGAACUUUUACCCUGCAUGCCCUAACCCAGAGCUAACAGUAGGUGUGGGACGCCAUUCAGACCUGGGCACGAUAACUGUUUUACUACAAGAUGGUAUUGGUGGUUUAUAUGUAAAAGCUGAAGAAAAUAUUGAUACAGCAAAAAAGGCAGAAUGGAUUGAGAUUCCACCCAUUCCUGGUGCCUUAGUUAUUAAUGUGGGAGAUACAUUGCAGAUAUUAAGCAAUGGAAGGUACAAAAGUGCUGAACAUAGAGUACAAACCACAAGCACACAAUCAAGAGUGUCAAUCCCACAUUUCACAACCCCAAAAAGAACCAGCAAGAUUGGACCACUGCCUCAUCUAGUGAAAAUUGAUCAAGUGGCUCAUUAUCGAGAAGUUACAUUCGGGGAUUACAUGGAUCACUUUUUUGGAAAUGCUCACGAGGGGAAAAAAUCACUUGAUUUCGCUUGUAGCACCUCUGGUUAA